GGCACGCGCCAUUGUGCUAAGCUGGUUGAUGUCGGUUACAUCGUUGCGUGUCUGAUAACUCUUUUGCAAUUUUAGUAAUGCUUAUAAUUGUGUUGAUACAAUACCAGUGUAUAUACCUAGUAUAUUUGCAGUGAGUGAACAUUGUUGAAUUUUAAUAAAAGGAUUAUAUCAUUAAAUAUCAUCAGUACGUAUCGCCGAUAUAAUGGCCGAUGAAGAAACAAUCAUUCUCUUGAAAGCAUGGGGCUUCGAAAAUAGUCUUAUUCAACAUUUUCAAGCACAAGAGAUUAAUAUGACAUUAUUGAAAUGCCUAACACACGAUUUAAUAAAAGAGUUGAUUCCAAAUAUUGGUAUAAGGAUGCGUUUUAUAAUAAAAUGGGAGGAGCAUUUUCGAAUUCCAAAUGAGAAAAAUGAAAAACGAGAGCCUUAUAGUACUGAUACACUAAGCUCUUCAUUCUCCGAGUCAGAAGAAGAAAAUACUGAUCCGAUUGUUUUGAAAAAGCAAAAAUGUUUUGUUGGAAAGGAAAUGUAUAAAAGACUUCAGCGGCCUACUGUUCGUGAAAUAUUGAAAGAAUGUGAGCAAGGUCGUAUGAUAUUGCGAACUUAUUCCCAAACAAAGAUACUUUCAAAACAUUGCCGCAAUAUUCUUGUUGAGUUAAUAGUAUCAUAUUUACUAAAUACUGUUAAGGGCCCAAUCAAUAAACAUGAUUUCCUCGAUCUUGCUCGAGGUAUAGUAGAAAUAUUUCCAUCGGAGGAUAUAAACUUGUACUAUAAACCACCGAUAUCUAAAAAGGAAUCUUAAAAUCAAAAAUCGACAUCUGUACGAGGCAAACUCGUAGAUAAAUACCGAAAUAAGUUACAACAUUGACAAUUGUCGUCCUCAAGUUCAGGAUAUUUUUAGUUAUUCUUUUAUAAAAAUAUUAUGUUUCAUAGACAUGAUCAUUUAAUAUUAUUUUUAUUUCUAUUAUCUCUAUUUUAUAAAAUUAAUUUUAUUAAGAUAAACAAUCUCGAUUGAUCAUGUCCCGGAGACAUAUUUUUUGACUCAUAAUCAUAAACAACAUUCAAAAUUUUUUUAAUCCAUUGAAAAAAUUUUCAUCCAAAAGUUGUAUGGUUUCGACGUGGACAUACGAUGAUAUCAUUGCUUUGGCCAUGAUUGACGUCGUCAAGUUCAGGACAUUAUCAAUUAUUCUUUUAUAAAAAUAUCAUAUUUCAUAUACAUAAU